GCUCGUAUAGAUUUGUUGUAGUCGUUUUACACUGUGACGUCACGUGACAGUUGUGUCAGCUGAGCAGGGCGCCGCAAAGAUGGUGAUCUUCAGUGUGUAUGUGGUGAACAAGGCUGGAGGUUUAAUUUACCAAUAUGACAACUAUGUCCCGAGAGCGGAGGCCGAGAAAACAUUUAGCUAUCCUUUAGAUUUAGUGCUCAAACAUCACGAUGAAAAGGUCGUCGUGUCGUUUGGACAGCGGGACGGAAUCAGAGUGGGCCAUGCAGUGCUGUCCAUCAAUGGAGUCGAUGUGCUUGGCAAGAACACAGCAGAAGGAAAGGACAUCAUUGAAUACUUAAAGGAUCCCUCAAAUUACCCAGUGUCUAUUCGCUUUGGACGAGCACGCCUGAGCUCCAAUGAGAAGCUGAUGCUGGCAUCUAUGUUCCAUUCCUUGUUUGCUAUAGGUUCACAGCUGUCUCCUGAGGUUGGCAGCUCAGGGAUUGAGAUGCUAGAGACGGACAUGUUCAAACUCCACUGCUUCCAGACUCUCACAGGGAUAAAGUUCAUCGUGCUCGCGGACCCUCGACAGUCUGGUAUUGAUGCGCUACUGAGGAAGAUUUAUGAGAUCUAUUCAGAUUUUGCCCUCAAGAACCCCUUUUAUUCUUUGGAAAUGCCGAUCAGGUGUGAACUAUUUGACCAGAAUCUGAAGAGCUCGCUGGAGAUCGCAGAGAAAGCUGGCAACUUCGGAGCUGGAUCUUGAACCAGAGAGGAGUGGAAAGAGCGUGCUAUCAUUUCUAACCACAGCAGAUCCCCUGACUUCAUUUAAAGUUGGUUUACGUUCAGUUUGCGGGAAAUACAAGUGGAUUUUGUGUCUUUUUCCAAGUUGGUAUCAGUUGACACAUUGUAAAUACAUUUUGUUUUGUAAAUACUUGAAGAUUAAAUGCUGCGAAAAUUUCA